GAAAAUGGAUUUAAAAUAUACCAGUAAAAUGAAAAGAAUUAUAGAAAGAGGAACUAUUUUUGAAGAUGAAUAUAAAAAAGGUAAAAAAAGUGGGUAUGGUAUACUGAUAUGGAAUAAAAUGGUAACUAAUAUUCAGGCUUAUUUUAAAAUGAUUAAUUUGAUGGUUUUGGAGUAUAUAAUUUUGCAGAUGGAUUUAUUUAUGAAGAUUAAUGGAUGA